AAAUAAAUGUAAAUUUUAACGAUCAUUUCACUUUCAUCUUAAUUCGGUUACGAUAUUGAAUUGUAAGCAAUUGAAUUUCGUGUUAAUUCAAACGAUGAAAACUCUCAUACCAAUCGUUUUAUGUUUUGGCGCAGUGUUGAUCAAUUGCACUUCAGGCCAUCGAUUCAAGAGAAAUGCAAACGAAAAUUCAUGGAAAGCGAUUCACACUGCGGCUAGAACGGGUGAUGUAAAGAAAGUCGAAAAACUGCUUCUAAAUGGAAUAGAUGUUAAUAUUUUAGAUAGUGGUGAACGUACACCUUUAUUUACUGCAGUUGAACAUCAACAUAUUGAUGUAGUUAAACUUUUGAUAAUAAAGGGUGGUGAUGUGAAUAGAAAAAACAAAUUUGGCAAAUCACCGCUUUUGACAGCCACUCUUAAAGAAAACGUCGAUAUGGUUGGACUAUUGAUCGAAAAUGGUGCCGAUGUGAAUAUUCCGAAAGCUGACAAUUAUACAUGUCUUAUUAUGGCAGCAAAACGGGGUUCUCUGCCAAUUGUUGAAAUGUUACUUAAAGCCGGGGCACAUGUAAACAUUGUUAGCGAUGACGGUCAAACUGCAUUAUACUCGGCGGCAUCGGAAGGCCACAAAGAUGUCGUUCGAAUAUUACUUGAAUACGGUGCUGCCGUUAACAUCCAAGAAGCCGGCAGAUGGACACCAUUACAUAGAGCAGUUGAACGAGGUUUUGAGGAGAUCGUGUAUAUGUUAAGGAAAAACGGAGCUGAUAUCCAUUUGAGAAAUAAUAAAUAUGAAUCCGCUUUCGAUAUUGCUGUUAAGCAAGGAAAUCAAUAUAUGAUCUAUAUACUUUUAUAUGGUAUUACAACAACAAUGCCGCCUACAACAAUGCCGCCUAUAACAAUGCCGCCUACAACAAUGCCGCCUACAACAAUGCCGCCUAUAACAAUGCCGCCUACAACAAUGGCUCCAACUCCAAAUACAACGCCAUCAUGUGUAACUGUUGUUUCUUCAACUCCUCCAACUCCUCAAAUUCGGCCGGUAACACAAGCUUGUCGAAACUAUACAAAUGUGCGUAGUAUGUAUACAAAACUGGACGAAAAAGAAUUUCCAUCGAUGGUUGCUCUUGGCUAUGCGAAUACCAACCAAAACAAGUCCGUGAACUUUUACUGUAGUGGUACCAUCAUUUCGGAACGUUUCGUACUAACAUCCGCAUAUUGUGUAUCGUUGGAGAAGCCGACUUUGGUUCGAAUGGGAACGGAAUCGAUUAACAAUGGCAAAGCUAGGACAGUAAAUCGUGCUGUAAAGGAGGUCUUCAAGCAUCCUAAGUAUUCGAGUGAAACCAAAUGGAAUGAUAUCGCAUUGAUAGAGCUUGCCCAGAAGAUUCCGUUUUCAUAUUUUAUUAGUCCGGCAUGUUUACACACAGAUGUGAAUGACUUGCCAUCGAAUGAGCCGCUUACGUUAACAACAUGGGAAGCCAAAUCACUUGAUUUGAAUGAUGGAUCAAAGAGCUUACGUAAAAUGAAAUUGGAAUCGGUGCCGUUAUCGGAAUGCAAUAUAAAAUUGACGAAUUCGACGAAUUGGAGCGAGCAGUUAAAACAGCCGUAUCUUCUAAAUGGUCUGAAUGCAGGGCAAUAUUGCGCACUUGAUGCACAUGGAACAAAUGAAACUUGCAAAUGCGAUGCUGGUGGGUUAUUACAAUAUUUCCCUGGUAACACAAGAACAGCAACUGUUGUUGGUAUUGCCUCAUUUGAUCUCCAAUCUAAUUUUAAACUACCAGCCGUUUACACCAGAAUUGCCCACUACUUGGAGUGGAUUGAAUCACACGUCUGGCCAAUGCAAUGAUAAAGUUGCUAUUUAAUUAAAAAACAAACUUGAAAAUGCGUCAUGUUUUUUUUUUUCAUUUUGGUCCAAAUAAAAUAAA